GUUAUUUUUGAGACAGGGUUUCUCUGCAUGGCCCUGACUGUCCUGAAACUUGCUCAAUACACCAGGCUGGCCUGGAACUCGGAGAUCUACCUGGCCCUGCUCCUCAAAUGCUGAAACUAAAGGCAUGCACUACCACUGCCCAGCACCACUGGGUUUUUUAAGUGUCACAGGAAAAGGAUUUGGAAGUUAGCUCGAAGGUUUCCCUCCCUGGAUCUCUGAGCCUCCAGACCCCUCCAGCAUGGCCGGCCGGGGUGGGGGCCGGGGUCGCGGCCGAGGCCAGCUGACCUUCAACAUGGAGGCUGUGGGCAUUGCGAAGGGUGACGCUCUGCCCCCGCCCACUCUCCAGCCUUCUCCGCUCUUCCCUCCCUUGGAGUUCCACCCAGUGCCCCUGCCCGCAGGAGAGGAAGGGGAGUAUGUGCUGGCCCUGAAGCAAGAGCUGCGCGGGGCCAUGAGGCAGCUCCCCUACUUCAUCCGGCCAGCCGUCCCCAAGAGAGAUGUGGAACGCUACUCCGACAAGUAUCAGAUGUCAGGGCCGAUUGACAGCGCCAUCGACUGGAACCCUGAUUGGCGGCGUCUACCCAGAGAGCUCAAGAUUCGAGUGCGGAAACUUCGAAAGGAGCGGACCACCAUUAUACUCCCCAAGAGGCCCCCUAAGAGCACAGAAGAUAAAGAGGAAACAAUACAGAAACUGGAGACUCUAGAGAAGAAGGAGGAGGAAGUAACUUCGGAGGAAGAUGAAGAGAAAGAAGAGGAGGAAGAAAAGGAGGAAGGGGAAGAGGAGGAGUAUGACGAAGAAGAGCAUGAAGAGGAAACUGAUUACAUCAUGUCAUAUUUUGACAAUGGAGAAGACUUUGGAGGUGACAGUGAUGACAAUAUGGAUGAGGCCAUAUACUGAAAACCUGGGCCCACAUGUCUUUCUUGAUCGGAGACAGAGGGGCCAGAUAGCCCUACUGCUUCAGGGUUUCCCUGUUUCUGUUCUUGUUUUUGAGACAGGAUCUCUUGUAGCACAGGCUGGCCUGGAACUCAAUAUGCAGCUGAGGUUGGCCUUGAACUCUUGACCCUCCUGCCUCCACCUCCUGAAUCUUGAGAUUACAGGGCACAGCACCACGCCCGACUUCCUAUUAUUUACUUUAGUCAGAACGAAGGUGACCCUUGGGAGUCCUGGGGGCUGUGGUGCACAGCAGUGACAUGGAGCCAUCUCUCUUCCUCCGAUCUCUGUGUCACCGCUCACAUUUGGGGAAAGAACGGAUAUCUUAGUCUGAAAGAAGAGCUGAAGUGUGACAGGGUUGUUAGAGCGGAGGUGGCUGAGUCCACACCUCUCCCUGAUUUUUAUAAGGCUUGAGGGGCAUACUCGGGGUGGAAGCUGACAAGAGCAGUCAGACCUGUCCCGUAUUUUUAAAUAAAAUGUUUGUAUCUGUCUGUCUA